ACUACCUUUACCUGUGAACAUGUCAGCUGUCAUAUCGUAGAUAGAACUCGCAGUUGUUUUAUUGUUUAUUACAUAUUUUUGUAGGCAUACAAAAAUACAGGAAAAUAAUCAUUGACACAAAUAUAAUUGUUAUAACAACAAUCUAAGAAGCUACACGUAUUUGAAGUGAAUUCUGAAAGUGAGAACACUAAACCCAUUUGUUGAGUUUGCAAAAAAGAAAUUCAACCCUACAUCCACAUCCUAACAAUAACUUCAAGAUGAUGAACCCUCAGUCCAAUUACUCCAUUCAAAGCACAGCUGGAGCUGUUCCAGUGAGAAACGAGAAAGGCGAAAGUUCUAUGCAGAAAGUUAAAGUUCAUCGGUAUGUUUCUGGUAAAAAACCUGACUAUGCCCACGAUGACAGCGAAAGUGAAGAAGACGACUUUGUGGAACGGAUAAAACAUGUAUCAGGUCCAUCACCAGAACCGCCUAAAAGUGAUGAAGACCAAGAAGAUUUCAAUGACCCGCGGUUAAGAAGAUUAAAAAUCGCUGAAGUUGACACAGAGGUACGCCCUGAAAGAAGGAGGCAUAUUGUGGAAGGCGAAGUACUAGAUUCGUCAGAAGAUGAAGAAGAAGGUGACAAAAUACAUUUGCCGGAGAAUAAACAUACUCUGGAAGCUGCACCAGACGAUGAUGAGUCAGAAGCCGAACUCAGCGACAGUGAAAUUGAAAAGAAGAGAGAAAUGAUGAAGCAGAGGAUGCUGAACAAGCAAGAGGAAGAGUUUAUGGCUAAAGAAGAAGAAAAAGAUGAGUCAGACUCUGAGGAUUCUUCAGAAUAUGAGGAAUAUACAGACUCUGAGGAAGAAACAGGACCAAGGCUGAAACCUGUGUUCAUCAGAAAAAAAGACAGGAUUACUACCAUUGAAAAGGAACAUGAACUUGAGAAAAAACGAGAGGAGGAAUCUCAGCGAAAGGCUGAAGAGAGGAGAAAAGAAACUUUACGCCUAGUGGAGGAAACCAUUCGUAAGGAACAGCAGUUCCGAAAUAAGGAAACAAAUGAACCAAAUUUAAAUGAUGUUUGCACAGACGAUGAGAACGACGAGGUGGUAUACGAAGCAUGGAAGUUACGAGAGUUGAAACGAGUGAAAAGGGAUCGGGAAGAAAAGGAGGAACGAGAAAGAGAGAAAAUGGAAAUAGAAAAAUUGAGGACCAUGUCUGAAGAGGAGCGACAUAUUCAGCUACGACUUAUGCCGAAAACCGUUACAAACAAGGCAACCAAGGGCAAAUAUAAGUAUUUGCAGAAAUAUUACCACAGAGGAGCGUUUUACUUGGAUAANGAAUUGACAUUUGACUGA